ACAACAGAGGGCGCUAGACAAUUUUCCCGUUCUGAACAUACAUAAACAGGCUUAGCAUUAGCAUUAGUUUUUUCUGUCUCAGCAGUUUGCCCAACCUCCCUGUCACUGUUGGACACCACAAUUGAUCUGGAUGAUGGUGAAACAGCAGCAGAGACGCACAGACAGGUGUUUUUUACCAGUGGGCAGUAAUAAUGUGACACUGGUUCAAUUCCCGGCACAAAGACGGCCACGUCCCUCUAUACAUGAAGUACACCAACCUCCUCAGUUUUUAUUUCAGGAACCAGUAAGAGAAACCCAGGGAGAAGAUGGAGAAUCUGAGGCCAAAAGGAUAUUCAUUUCAGAUUCAGAGGAGACUUUGACCAAUAGAGAGACAGGUCCAGAGUCAUGUAACCAAUCAGGAAGUGAUGCAUGUUCUUUGGAAGACAGGGUUAGUCCUGAAGAUGGAGUACAGCAGGUGAUGCUAGAGAGCAGUGAGGACAACAGAGCAGCAGAGCUGGCGUCUGCAGGCUGUCUGAAGGUAACAAUCCAGAGGAGCAGUGAGAGCCGAGAGUUUGGAGAGAAGGACCACACAUCAGAUAGAUUCACCUGUCACCUCUGCCACUGCAGCUGCCCCUCUGCACAGUCUUUCCAGCACCACAUGAGUGGAGUAGACCAUCAGCACAGACUGCAGCAGAUCACUCAGAGCAUUGCCAGGUCACAGACUGGGGCUGUGUCAUCUAGAUGGCAGCAUAGAGCCUCGGUGCGCUGGUGUGAUGUGUGUCAGAGCCACUUCACUGGAGAUGUCAUUCUACACCGACGUUCAAAACAGCACAAGGAGUAUAAGAAGUCGUCCCGCCCGUUCUGCCCUGUGUGUCACAGGCAUUUCAGAACACCACGAAAGUUUGUGGAACACAUGAAGAGCCCUGAGCACAAACAACAGGUUCACUUGGACAAAUCGCAGGAAGACGACAUGAUAACUGUGGACGCUGUCGGCUGCUUCGAAAGUGAAUCCAAAAUACAGUUCGGAGACAAGGAGGGAGGAGACCAGGACAGAAGAGAGAAGGAGGAAAGAGACGAGGAGAGAGAAGACCGAGUGGGAGCGGAGAAGGACAUAGGAGACAAGGACAGAGAAAGUGAGAAGGGAGGGAAGGAUACAAAACAAAGUGGCAAAGAGGGAUCCAGAAGUGAAGAGGAGACAAGGAGAGAGAAGGCUUCCAAAGGAGACAAGGAUGCUCAGCUAGGAGAGAGAGUAGGAACGAUAGAUCACAGACGAAACAAGGAAAUGGGAGGGAAGUACAUGGGAGGCAAGGACAUAGGAGGCAAGAAGGGAGGAGACAUAGAGGAGGGAUUGGAUGUAGAUGAGCCGAUGGACAAACAUGUGAAUCAAACAGCGGAGGACACUGAGAGAGAUGCACCACAGGAAUUGAACCCCCACACAGUCUACGACUCUUCUUACGUAGUCCCUGUGAGUGGCUUCUUCUGUCGUCUGUGUCACAAAUUCUUCUUUAGAGAAACGGCUCGAAACCAGCACUGCAGCACCCUCCAGCACCUUACCAGAGUACUACAGACCCAAAGGGGACCACAGCAGACCCAGGAGUCUGCAGAGCCCAGCUGACCCACCCUCCUGCUCUGCACAAAAUACUGUGAAAUAUUCUACAUAGAACUGUAUAUUGUAUUAAACGUUAGUCAAAAUGCAGAUUUGCUGACCUUGUUCAUGGUUAAUAUCUCUGUAUCUACUGGGCCUAUUCACACAAAACUAAAAACUGACACAAAGCUAAACAUCUUCUGUCAGUAUGAAUGAAUUAAAGGAUCUGAAUGUAAGU